GCUUGUGCUCACUCUGUCAUCGUCACGCUCAGGACAAACAAACAGGAGAGCCUCCACGCCAUCCGACUACCUGUCCCACUAGGCCAAGUCUCACCUGACCCCUGCCGGCCCCCCGGGCCAGAAAAGGAGGAAAGAGUAGAGAUUAACCCCGGGGAAGCAGAUCAGGAGGAGAAGAAGUCUUAGUGCUGGCUAGUGAAAAUGCUCCUGUGGGUCGCCUUGCUGAUGUCCCACUGUUGUUUAGGUCUGAAUGCAGCUGCAGCAGACAGCACGGCAUUGGAGAGGAUAGAGAAAUGUGGCACCAGCUGUUCUCAGGGCCUUCAGUGCAAGACCAAGCCUGACAAUUGGUUUUAUCCUCUGUGUCAGAACCCCGCUGAAGGUCUGAACCAUUCCUCUGUGUUCCACAACAUCAGCUUCUCCACCGUCAUGCGCUGUGAGGGGCGGCAGAAAUGCUCGCUACACCUCAGAAUCAAGAUCGCCUUUAAACUUACAGAGUCCAUCCAGGGUUUGUCCAUCUGCGUCGCCACCGGCGGGAUGAUGGCCAACUGCCGAACGCUCAGCUUCAGAAAAGAGUCGAGACACAGGCUCUCCGGGCUGCAGGUGGAAGUUGAAAAUGAUUGCACUGACAUUUCUCCAGGCCAACGUGUGCACGUAACAGUGAAAACUGUGCCGAGCUACUGCGGUGUCACCUGGACCGGCUCCUAUGGCGCUCCAGAAUGCAGCAGUGAAGAUUUGCGCAGACAUAUCCCAGAAUGCAUCACUGGGAGACUAUCAUAUGUGGUAAACCCACAGAGGAAAGAGCUGAGUGUCAGUGUGUCAGACAUGUUGGAAGAUCAAGACUACCACCUCCGUCUGUGCCACAAGGAUUUCAUCUGCGUUGGCACAGGGGCAUACACACUGAUAAAGAAGGGGGAACGUGUAAAGAGCGCCAACCUCCCAUUCUCCCGACCUCUGCCCUGCCUCUGCAUCGAGGGAUGGUCAGCUGUGAUGGAUGCCUCGAGAGUCCAGGUCUGCCCGUUCAAACACCGUCUCGAGGAGCUGUGGUCUGGAAUUCUCUUUGACCCGCUUGAGGAGACGCUAUCAUGGAAGCUCGCCUGUCCCGUGACGGCUGUGGUUGUGUUGUGUCAGAAAAAAGAGGACGGCGUCUGUGUGGAUCUGCCUCAGGCCUCACAGAAUGUGAGCAGAGAAAAGAUCACAUUUACUAAAGUGGAUCCACACCCUCAUCUGUGCAUGAAGUUCACUGCAGGCCACCAGUCCUGGACCAGGUGCCCUUUUGCUGAUGCUAGAUUCCAAGCAUGGAAGGUGGUUGCGACAAGACAACAGGGCCAGGAAGACGUGAAGAUGUUGUCACAGAUCACCGCAACGUUUUCUGUGGGGCUGUGUGUGAGGUCUGAAGGCUCCACUGUGUGCCAGAUCACCGACACACACAUCAUGCACGUGGAGAAACAUAAAGAGGUUGGCUUGAACAUGGCAGGGGAACAAUGCAACUCUUGUCUCAAGGUGAAGAGGCUCGAUGUGAAUUUUUCUGCCACAGUCAUUCACUGUCUUGAGCGAUGCAAUCAAACACGGCCCUUCAGACCUGUCUUCUCCAGGCAAGCCUCUUGGGACCUGACUUGGGUCAUUUUACCUGCGGCCUUCUGCCUCUCUGGCAUCAUCAUUUUCACUCUGGCACUCCACGUACUGUUAAGCGUGUACCAGAGGAGGAAACGAAAAAUAAAUGGAGGCUGCGUCUCUGAAAAGAGAACAGAUCCCGCUUCUGACUGUGUCGUCGCUGUAUUACAAAGUCAACCUGCUCUCCAUGGGGUGUUCCUCAUUCCCGACUCCCCACAGUGUGGGAACACUGAGAAGGCCAACUUAAUCUCCCACUGACCAGAGAAUGACGCUCCGCUCAAAGGCAUUACUUGUAAUGUGCAGAAAGAAACUGUAAAGUUGUUACACAGACCCAAGGAUUUCUCUGUUGAAUGCAGCGUAAAAGGUUGGAGAGAUAUUUCAAAUAUUAUGUUAGUUAUUUUGCUGCUUAGUAUGCUCGUUAUAGUUAAUGGCUGUUGUUUAUGUAAUAUGUUAGGUGUUGUCUGUUUGGGUGAAAGUUAAUGUGUAUAUUGCUGUUUCUUUCAAGUUAAAAUAAUUAUCCAGCUAAAUGGUCCGUUUUCAUUCUUAUUCUUCUUAUUAUUUAAAUAUAUAUUUUCAAUAAAAAAAAGAAGCAAAAUAUGAAAUAAAACCUGCUGAUUUCUUUAACAAUCU